CCCAGCGUGCACCACCACAGGUUGAUUUCCGGGUCAAGGGGUCCUCGCUGGGUCCAUCUCCAUGGAAGCGAUCGGUUUGGUCACGUGGUGCCCCUGGUUACGCCCGGUGGCAGCUGCGGGGUCCGGGGCGCAGGCGGGGGCCAUUUUGCCGAAGGCAGUCUGGCGGAGCCGGGGGUGGCCUGGCAGCUGGCUGGAGCUGCUGCUUUUCCUCCUCUGCACUUGAGGCUUGGAGGGGAACAGGAAGGCUGCGCUCGUCGAGCUCUUGGAAGACGAUGCUUUCCUCCGGCCGCCGCCACUUGACUACCCUCCAUGGCGGCCGCGCGCUCCGCGCUGCUCCUGCUGCCUCCCCUGCCAGCCCUCCGUGCCUAUCGCCUCGAGAGCCGCAGUCAUCCCUCCGCCCCAGAGAGUGAUGACAGUCGAGGUGGGGGCACCAUGAGAGGCGAGAAAAGCUACUGCUGCCGUGGGGCUGCCGGGGACCACGGCUCCUGCCCCCCGACGCCCUCGCCUCUGGCCCCGACCCUCCUGAUGCCCGCGGAGGCCAUCUCAAGCAGUUGGUCUGGGUCUGGAGGGGGUUUGUCAGGGGGGGACGAAGAAGAGAGCCGGCUCCUUCAGCUCCUCCGGGCCGCGCCGGACCCUUCCGAGGCCUUCCAGGCUUUGCAGGCUGCCUUGCCGCGGCGGGGCGGCCGGCUGGGCUUCCCUCGACGGAAGGAAGCCUUGUAUCGGGCCCUGGGCCGGGUGCUGGUGGAAGGAGGCGGUGAUGAGAAGCGGCUCUGUCUGCAGCUCCUCUGCGACGUUCUCCGCGGUCAGGGGGAGGCAGGCCAGCUGGAAGAGGCCUUCAGCCUCGCACUUCUGCCUCAACUGGUCGUCUCCUUACGAGAAGAGAAUCCAGCCCUGCGGAAGGAUGCGCUGCAGAUCCUGCACAUCUGCCUGAAACGGAGUUCUGGCCAGGUGCUGAGAACGCUUAUACAGCAGGGACUGGAAAGCAGCGAUGCCCGGCUGAGGGCUUCCACAGCACUGCUCUUUCCUGUCUUGCUUACUCCUGAGGAUUUGUUGCUCGGCCUGGAUCUUACCGAGGUGAUAAUAUCCCUGGCCCGAAAGCUUGGCGAUCAGGAGACAGAGGAAGAAUCUGAGACAGCUUUCUCUGCUCUUCAACAAAUUGGGGAGCGACUUGGCCAAGAGAGGUUUCAAUCCUAUAUCUCUCGCCUGCCGUCUGCUCUGAGGAGACACUACAACCGCCGCCUGGAGUCCCAGUUUGGAAGUCAGGUUCCCUAUUAUUUGGAACUUGAGGCCUCUGGAUUUCCUGAAGACCCCCUUCCCUGUGCAGUGGGGGAUUUUAACAGCAAUCUUAAAUUUGGGAUUAUUCCUCAGGAGCUGCAUUCAAGAUUGUUGGAUCAGGAAGACUAUAAGAACCGGACUCAGGCCGUUGAGGAAUUGAAGCAGGUGAUGGGAAGAUUUAACCCUACCUCUGUCCCUCAUUCUAGUCUUGUCGGUUUCAUUAGCUUGCUGUAUAAUUUGUUAGACGAUUCUAACUUCAAAGUGGUCCAUGGCACACUUCAAGUCCUUCAUCUACUGGUUAUUCGCCUCGGAGAACAGGUACAGCAGUUCUUGGGACCAGUUAUAGCAGCUUCUGUCAAAGUGCUGGCAGACAACAAGUUGGUGAUCAAACAAGAAUACAUGAAAAUCUUUCUCAAGCUAAUGAAAGAAGUAGGUCCUCAACAGGUGCUUUGUUUACUCCUGGAACAUCUCAAACAUAAGCAUUCUAGAGUGAGAGAGGAGGUGGUGAACAUUUGCAUCUGCUCCCUCCUGACCUAUCCCAGUGAGGAUUUUGACCUACCCAAACUGUCUUUUGAUCUUGCCCCAGCUCUUGUAGACAGCAAACGCAGGGUACGCCAAGCAGCUCUCGAAGCCUUUGCUGUGUUGGCAUCAUCAAUGGGUUUAGGUAAAGCCAGCAUCCUUUUCAAAGCUGUGGAUACUGUUGAACUGCAAGAUAAUGGAGAUGGAGUGAUGAAUGCUGUGCAGGCCAGACUGGCUAGGAAAACCCUUCCAAGGUUAACAGAAGAGGGAUUUGUGGAAUACGCAAUACUCAUGCCAUCAUCUGCCCAGGGUAGGUCAAGCCAUUUGGCACAUGGAGCAGAUACAGACUGGCUUUUGGCUGGUAAUAGAACUCAGAGUGCACACUGUCACUGUGGUGACCACACGAGGGAUAGCAUGCAAAUUUAUGGAUCUUACAGUCCAACUAUCUGUACCCGAAGGGUGUUAAGUGCAGGAAAAGGAAGAAAUAAAUUACCAUGGGAAAAUGAGCAAGCUGGAGUCAUGGGAGAAAACCAGACCUCCAACUCUAAGGAUAUAGAACAGUUUUCAGCAUUUGAUUUCAUCCCAUCUCCAAAAUUAAAGCCCUCUCAAGGAAUGCCAGUCAAUGAUGAUUUAUGUUUUAGCAGAAAAAGAGUGUCAAGAAACUUAUUUCAGACUAGUCGGGAUUUUAACCCAGAUUCUCUUCCUGUAUGUGCUGCUGGCACCACUGGGACUCAUCAGACAAAUUUUUCUGGGAAAUGUGGACAACUUGUAUUUUCACAGACAUGUGGUAAAACUGGCAGUGUGGAUUCUGACUUACAGUACCUGGGGACAACUAAUAGUCAUCAAGAUAAAGUGUAUGCUAGCCUAAAUUUUGGCAGUAAGACACAGCCGACGCUUGGUAGUCAAACAGAACGUACUUCAUCAUACUCUGGUCCAAAUCUAAGUCCAGGAGCCUUCAUGCUUCCAUCCUAUCCUCUCUCAUCACCUCGAACUAGUCCAAAGCACACAUCUCUUACCGUAUCUCCAAAGAAAUCUCGAGAUAAUUCUGUUAAUUUCUCAAAUUCCUGGCCUCUUAAAAGCUUUGAAGGACUAUCAAAGCCAAGUCCGCAGAGAAAGCUUGUCAGCCCAAAAUCAUCUGACCCUACAGGAAAAGAUUCUCAAGAAAAACCUUCUCCAGUUCAACUUACACCUGCCUUGGUGAGAUCACCAUCUUCCCGACGAGGCCUGAAUGGGACCAAGCCUGUCCCUCCUAUUCCCAGGGGAAUCAGCCUUCUGCCUGAUAAGGCGGAUUUAAGCACAGUGGGACCCAAAAAGAAAGACCCUGAUGAUAUUUGGAAGAGUGAAAAUGAUAGUCUUAAAAUUGAUCUUUCAGAAUUAAAUAUCAAGGAUAAAGAUUUGGAUCAAGAAGAGAUGCAGAGCUCUCUCAGGUCCCUUCGUAAUAGUGCAGCUAAGAAAAGAGCAAAGCUGAGUGGCAGUACUUCUGAUCUUGAAAGCCCUGAUUCUGCGAUUAAGCUCGACUUGACUAUGGACUCCCUGUCUCGAUCUUCCUCUCCAAACGUCAGCUCCUACAGUGAAAGUGGAGUUUACAGCCAAGAAUCACUGACUUCUUCUCUGUCUACAGCUCCCCAGGGGAAGAGAAUAAUGUCAGACAUAUUUCCAACAUUUGGAUCAAAACCUUGUCCAACAAGACUUUCUUCUGCAAAGAAUAAAAGCCCUCAGAUAGCUGAACAGAGCACCCGUGCAGGGAUUACACCAUCCAAUGUAAGGAUAAUUGGUCAACGUAUGAGCUAUGGGUUUGGAUGUGGUGAUUUUGAAGAUGAUAGGUCACAGGACGUUUCACCUAGUGUUCUAAAAAUACAAAAUAAGGAACACCCAAGACAUUCUAAGCAUACAAAAGGAUUUACAGGGUCAUCAUCAGAUUUACAACAAAUUUCCAAUUUUGACUUCACAUCCACAAAUACCUUAUCAGAAGAUUCAGUAGUCAUUGUUGGAAAAGGUGUAUUUGCAAGUCCAAAUUCAGCACCAGCAACCUGCAGCCAAUCAGUGAUAUCCUCAGUGGAAAAUGGGGAUACAUUUUCAAUUAAACAAAGUAUUGAACCACCAUCAGGGAUUUAUGGAAGAGCGGUCCAGCAAAGUGUUCCAUCGUAUGUUGAUGUUGAGAAUGAAAAAGAUAUUAAAGUUUCUAUUUCAAAAUCUACUUAUGACAAGAUGAGACAAAAGAGAAAAGAGGAAAAAGAACUUUUUGAUAUUAAAGAUUGUGAAAAGAAGGAACAGAAUUCCUGGGAACAAAUGAAACAUACAGGAACUGAGAAGAUGACAUCUGAAAGUGAGGCAUCUCCUGGAGCCGUUCCACAGUAUAAAGAAAGGGUGCCUUCUGUCACUCACAGUCCAGAAAUAACGGACUCGUUAGAACUACGGCCAUUUUCCAAACCAGAAAUAGCACUAACAGAAGCCCUAAGGCUUUUAGCUGAUGAGGAUUGGGAGAAGAAAAUAGAGGGACUGAAUUUUAUUAGAUGCUUAGCUGCUUUUCAUUCUGAAAUAUUGACUACAAAGUUGCAUGAAACAAAUUUUGCUGUAGUUCAAGAGGUGAAAAAUUUACGCUCUGGAGUUUCUCGUGCUGCUGUGGUCUGUUUAAGUGAUCUUUUCACUUACCUGAAAAAGAACAUGGAUCAAGAACUAGAUAGUACAGUAAAAGUUUUGUUGCACAAGGCUGGAGAAUCGAAUACGUUUAUAAGAGAAGACAUUGACAAAGCAUUGAGAGCCAUGGUCAGCAAUGUAACUCCUGCACGGGCCGUUGUUUCCCUUAUCAAUGGAGGACAAAGCCAUUUACACAUUGCAGUAAGAAGAUGUACAGCCCAGCAUUUAGCAGAUGUAGUGGAAUUUAUGGAGCCAGAGCGUAUUUUGUCUGGAACAAAGGAUAUGGCUGACCGUAUAUUACCAGCUGCUGCUAAAUUUGCUCAGGACAGUUCACAAGAAACCAGGUAUUAUGGCCGAAAGAUGCUUUUCCUCAUGAUGUGUCAUCCUAACUUUGAAAAAAUGCUUGAAAAGUAUGUCCCGCCUAAAGACUUGCCAUAUAUUAAGGAAUCUAUUAAAAGCUUACGGCAAAAGGGUUUGGGAGAGAUGCCGCUAGAUACUCCUUCAGCAAAAGGAAGACGAUCUCAUACUGGCAGUGUUGGAAAUACAAGGUCAUCACCUGUUUCUAGAGAUGCUUUCAACUCCGCUGAAAGAGAGGUAACUGAAGUUCGUGAAGUCACCAGAAAAUCAGUUCCCCGCAGUUCCUUAGAAAGUGCUGAGUACAUUAAAGUCAUAACAGGUUUAUUAAAUGCAAAAGACUUUCGUGAUCGUAUUAAUGGGAUUAAGCAGCUUUUAUCUGAUACUGAAAACAAUCAAGAGCUUAUUGUUGGAAACAUUGUGAAGAUCUUUGAUGCUUUUAAAUCGCGACUUCAUGAUUCCAAUAGUAAAGUAAAUCUGGUGGCUCUAGAAACAAUGCACAAAAUGAUUCCUUUGCUUAGAGACAGCUUGUCUCCUAUAAUCAACAUGCUAAUUCCAGCGAUAGUAGAUAACAAUCUGAAUUCCAAGAAUCCAGGCAUCUAUGCUGCUGCCACAAGUGUUGUUCAGGCACUGAGUCAGCAUGUAGGUAAGAAAUCUUACUUUGGCACUCAAAUUAUUUCACCUUUACUUUCAUACUUUGUGAUUCUACAUGUUUUUUAUAAUGCUGAAAUCCUAGCUAUUCAAUUUUUGUCAUUUAAUGUGAUAAAAUUUUUUCAUUUUCUCACAGAACUUGAAUUUAUUUUUUUAAAACCUCACUGUUUACCAUAUUUUUAUGUUUCAGAUAUUGUUAUGGAACUUUAUCAAAGGAAGCCGCAUGCCACAGAACAGAAAGUGUUAGUUGUUUUGUGGCAUCUCUUAGGGAACAUGACAAAUAGUGGCUCUCUGCCCGGAGCUGGAGGAAAUAUACGAACAGCCACAGCUAAAUUAUCCAAAGCACUUUUUGCACAGAUGGGUCAGAAUCUAUUAAAUCAGGCUGCGUCUCAGCCACCACAUAUCAAAAAGAGUUUAGAGGAAUUGCUGGAUAUGACAAUUUGAAAUGAAUUAUGAAUCUUUGAUGAAAUAUGAUAUGAUGAACAAAACUGUUUACAUGAUGACAAAUGGAACUUCUUUAGAGUCACAUUUUCAGUGCCUGCACUUCUCAUCCAGUAAAUUAAGUCAAUGGCUAUUUUUAUUUGCAGCCUAUGAGUACACAUCUGUCCUGUAUCAACCCUACCACUUGUUCCCAUCACACAGAAACCUAAAAUAAUUAAUGUAACCUAAUAUUCAUGAAUUCUGAGGCACAUGGAAUGAAUCCAAUUUUAAUAUUUUUGAGAAAAGUCCUGCUCAUUUGCACUCUUCUAUAGAAACUGCAGUUUGUUGCCCUCUAUGUACAAUUAGAUUUGUAAUUAAAAAUAUACUUUUUAUUAUGUAAUCAUGUUCUGCUAUGUCUCAUUACUCAGCCUUAUUUUAUGAAGUGGACGAAAAGUCGUUGAACUAUGUUAUCACAAACUGUUUUGUGUGCUGUUUGUGAAAAACAUGUAUUUCUGAAAUCAGUCUGCUAACAUGAUUGUGCAGUAUUAGCUUGCUUUUGCUGCUGUGUUGAUGUGAUAUAUUCGCUUCCUAUUUGGGUUUAAUCAUCUACAUAAUUGUAAAAUUUGAGAAGUUAUAAUAAAGCAUGAUGACCAAAGUUUUAGGAAACAUUUAAAUACACGUUUAAGAAAACGUGUGGAAUGUAACUUCCCUCUUUUUGUGUGCAAACACUAAAUUUUAUUUCUAUAUGUCCUGACAUUUAUAAAGGUGUUAUUUUGCUGCCCAGUUGUGUAAUUCUCAAAAAUAGUGCCAGGUCUUCUAUAGCUUUUCUCAAAAUUCUUGGGCUACACGUACUGUAUGCAUCUUAAAA